UUCAGGGCGGACCCUCUCUUUUCAGCAGGGAUCAAGGGUCUUGUUUUUUUAACAUUUACCGACCACCAUCGUACUCAAGAUGGAAAUGUGAAGAGCUGAAAACUGUAUUUAAGUUGCAGCGCUAUUAUUUCCUGCACGUCGGCGGCUUCUGGGCAAAGUAAGACGAAGGGUUGUUGAUUUACGAUAGCAAGCUAACGGUAGUUAGCCAAUGUUGGCAUUAUUUAUGUUUCUGACGAGUUCAGUUUUUUUGGCAUUUAUGGAUGUUGUAAGUUAUUAUUUCAAGAUUCGAUCAAAGUUUAAUAAUUCAGGCUCUUCUGAAAUGUGUAAUAGUGACCCAGUUAUAGGUGACCUGGUCUACAUUUAGCCCAAAUCAAUGCCAAUAUUGACUUUGAUUGUGUGAGUGUUAAUAAUGUUGUACACAUUAUUCCCACUAUUUAGUUUAUUAUACUUGUAUAACUAUGUUAUAAUUAGAUAUGGUCAGGAAUGUGUUGUUUUGGGGCGGCUGGGGAGGGGGACACUAUUUACAUGCAGACUCUCCCUUGCAUCAAUGCAGAUGGAUUGAAAUAUGUUGUUUUCCAGGAUGAGGAUUAUUCAAGCCAUUGACAGCGUGCUCCUGAAAGAGUUGAAGUCAUGUCGUGCAAAAGAGUACAACUUUCUUCCCAGAGAGACUGGCCUGAGGAUGAUGGAGUCAGCUUCCACAGAGAAUCACAGCGGAGUGUCUGCGAAAUGCAGGGACACCAGAGUGGAAGAACUGUGGGGUCUGACCAGUUUCUUUGGCUACAGCACUCAAACAUUUGUUCAAGCUGUCAAUUUGCUUGAUAGAUUCCUCGCCAUUAUGAAGGUGCAGCCCAAACACUUGCCCUGUAUUGGUGUCUGCUGUCUUCACAUUGCAGCGAAAAUGGUCGAGGAAGAGAACAAUGUCUCGCCCACCCACGAACUCAUUCGCAUCAGCCAAAGCAAGUUCACUGUGUCCGACCUGUGUCGCAUGGAGAAGAUCAUCUCAGAGAAGCUCAGUGUGGAGCCCGAAGCAGUGACGGCUUUAACUUUUCUUCGCCUCUACUACCCAACCUUCACGUUCCUGCCUACUGAAAGGGAGGAGAUCCCAAGCAUUGGGAGACUGGAAGCCCAGCUUAAAGCCUGCUUAUGCCGACUUGUUUUCUCUAAAGCAAAACCAUCAGUGCUGGCACUGUCCCUCAUUGCUCAGGAGUUUGAAGCCCUCCAGUCCAUCAACUUGUCCAAGAUUGUACAGCAAUUCCAAAGACACCUGAAGAUCAGCGACAGCGAGCUGCUCCACUGGAAGGAACUCGUGGCCGAAUGCAUGACUGAAUACUGCUCAAGCGAAUGUAACAAACCAGACAACAAAAAACUCAUUUGGAUCGUUUCCAGGCGAACGGCCCAAAAUCUUAAGGCCAAUCACGUCAGUGUGCCCGGCCUGCCAACUAUUCCUGAGGGCAUCUGGGACGAGAGUGAGAGUGAGGACUCCUGUGAGGACAUGAGCUGUGGAGAGGAAAGCCCGUGUGGCUCGCCAGGAAGUGACAGCGAAGGAGCCUUCUUCCCCUCCACCUUUCUCAACCGCAAAAAGUGACGUGUCGUCAUUGUGCAGUAGGGACGGUUUGUCCCCUAAACUGUAUCCGAUUUAAGGUAGUCACCAUGUUUCUGAGCAACUUGUCCUACCACCUUAGGUACGACAAGUGGCGGGUUUUAAUCAUUAAGUGCCUGUGUUGAUUCAGUUUACUGUCGGUUUUUUUUAAUGUUUAAAAAGAAUACAUAUCCUAUAAAUGCAAAAUGGAAAAUUGCAAUAUAUUGGCAGCUUGACGGUAAUGCGUCUGAAUGUCUUUUUCCGAGAUGUUCUCUUUGUGUUUUGUUUGUGUCCGAGCUCGGCACAUUCAUGGAGAAUCCGUGAAGCACAAGGGAUAACUUGUGGUACACUCACUGUUGAAUACCAUCUAACACACUACCACAUCCUCCAUCUUUUUUUAAACCUGUUUUUCUACUCAAUAUCUACAUAUAUAAAGUAUUCCGCCAGAAUAUAUUACACUUAUGUACACAAUAUGACAUCUUAGUGUGAAAAUACCAGAUUGUUUAUGCAUGGAUACAUUGAAAUAUGUGAUUAUGAAUGGAUGUUGUUCAUGUUUACCAAAAUAAGCUUAUUGUAAAAAAAAAAAAUGUUUAAAAAAAUGUAUAUAAAAUGUAAAAAACAAAGAAGGAACAAAUUGUAUGUUUUGUGAACUCUACAUACUGUGUGUUGUAUUUGGAUAUCAUGUGGAAGAUGUUGGAAGGGUCAGAAAAAAUCCCUCCAAAUAAAAGAAGUGCUUUUCAUCCUCUUGUUUUCACUUGCUUGUGUUUUGAAUUGUCCACUAGUGGUGAACUGGGGUGCUGCCAAAAAAUGUGGUGUUGAUAUCGCAUGGUAACUCUUUGAGACCAAUCUGAAACACUGACUUAUUCUGGUUCACUUAAAAGUCAUAUAGAGAAGAACUGUAACAUGAGAUGAUUUCAUCAUAUUUUAAAAUGUUCAUGUGCCCUCAAGACAAACACAAACCACAUGCUGAAGGGACGGGACUUCA